CCAUCCACACUGGUUAAAUAGUAGACCCACAUUCCUUCCAUGAUGUCUCUUUGGUGUUCACUCUAUAUAGCUGAAUAGACACACUUCCAAAAUGGCUCCAGAUAUCAAGAUGUAUUUCUGCAUUCAUCUUGUUCUUGCACUAACAGGUACAGGGAUAGGAUCUGCCCUGCCAGGUAAGAGCCACAGUGGAGGGAAGAACAACCCAGUGCUGCAGUAUGUCGUGAACAACUCACUGAGAGAACAUCCUGUCAUGACCAAACUCAGACUGAAAACCCUUGAGGACCCAUGGAGCAUCAUGCUGGUUGCUAGUGAACAAGCACAACUGAUGGCAAAUCUGGCCAAACUGAUCAAUGCCAGCAAAACCAUUGAAAUUGGGAUGUACACAGGGUACAACACCCUGAACAUGGCGUUGGUUGUACCAGAGGGUGGUCAAGUAGUAGCAUGUGAAAUAGACGACGAAUACGUGAACAUUGCUAAACCUUUCUUUAAAGAGGCCGGAGUCGAGGAUAAAAUUACUGUCCAUCUUCAAAUGUGUAUAAAAACACUGGAUGAGUUGAUCGCUGCUGGGGAAGCUGGCACCUAUGACUUUGUGUUCAUCGAUGCGGAUAAAAGGAACUAUGACAGAUAUUACGAGAAGUCUCUUGAGCUUGUGAGACAAGGGGGCAUCAUUGCCAUCGAUAAUGUACUCUGGAGUGGUAAAGUGGUGGACCCUGCUCCUGAUGACCUGACCUCCCAGGCUCUGGACAAGCUCAACAAGAAACUACACACAGACCAGAGGAUCGAUCUGAGCAUGCUCACUGUGGGUGACGGACUCACCCUGGCUAUCAAACGCUAACCCAUGCUAACUCAUACUAACACACGAUGACAAAUGCUUAACCCAUACUUACUCCAAACCCGCUGUGAUUUAUUGGGGAUUUAUUGGAGAUGUGGUAAACAUGAAGGGCUGGAAUAAAUAGAUGCUAUUUUCAACAAGUA